GGCCACCUCCCCUUCCAUUAAUUUUCUUCUUCCUUUUACCUCAUUUUUCUCCUCGAUUCACAAUUCACAACGACGGAAGAAUCGACUCAAACAGAUCAAACAAUCAUCCAAAAGCUCGAAUCGAAAGACAAGAGCCUUUAUCCUUCUCGUGUCGACAAGAAAUGGCGAACUCGGCGUCGGGGAUGGCGGUGGACGACGAGUGCAAGCUGAAGUUUCUGGAGCUAAAGGCGAAGAGGAACUACCGGUUCAUAAUAUUCAGGAUCGACGGUCAACAAGUCGUCGUCGAGAAACUCGGUAGCCCCGAAGAGACGUACGACGAUUUCGCCGAGUCUCUUCCCGCCAACGAGUGCCGUUACGCCGUCUACGACUUCGAUUUCACCACCAACGAGAACUGCCAGAAGAGCAAGAUCUUCUUCAUCGCCUGGUCGCCGGAUUCGUCGAGGGUGAGGAUGAAGAUGGUGUAUGCAAGUUCAAAGGACAGGUUCAAGAGGGAAUUAGAUGGGAUUCAAGUGGAGUUGCAAGCCACGGAUCCAAGCGAGAUGAGCAUCGACAUCAUCAAAAGCCGAGCUCUCUAGAUGAUCAUGAUCGUCAUCAUCAUCAUCACCACCAUCCACCAUCAUCAUCAUCCAUAUCAUUCAUAUUCACAUAUAUAUAUUUAUACCCUAUACCAUCAUUUAUGUGUUUGCAUAUUUUAAUUUUCCAUGUUAUGUAAUUUCUUGGAUUAAAUUCUUCUUUUUCUUCCACCUCGUAUAAAAACACACUUUUUUUUUUGUUUUAAUUUGAGGCAUUGGGGAGAAGUUAUAAACCAUGUAGUUUCUUUUUUCAUGUAACGCUCUUUUAUUUUUUGCAUACAAAUUACAAAAAUGAAUAAGGUUUGCA